AGAAAUUAAGCGGGUAAUCACACACAGCGAGGUCACAUUGACAUUGACGUAAUUGGGGAUCCCAAUUACAGUCCUACUUGAAUGUCUACCUUGAACGUUUUAAAUUUAACUCAGUUGCAAUCACCGACUUAACCAAACAUAUUUCGUCAUGUCUACGAGUCAUUUUUAUGAAAACGAGUCGCAGUCUGAGCGUUUAGCCAGGAAAAGCAAAGAAACCCCGUUUUUUCCAAUCGCUAUUGGAGUGUGCGCGGCAACUUGUGUGUACGGGGCUUACAUGUUUAAACGUAGGGGUAAAAUGAGUCCCAGCAUAUUCCUAAUGAAAAUGCGAGUGGCUGCACAGGGUCUUGCGGUUGGAACGCUUACCUUAGGUUUGGGAUACACCAUGUUUAAUGAACACCUGCGACACACAAAAAGUGAAAAGGAUUAAGUACAUAGAUAGUCUUAGUUAUUUAUUUAUUAAGUUAGUGUAUACAUUUAUUUUGUUAAGAUAAACGCCAGAUUAGCAACUAA